AUUGGGGGUGGGAGGAAGUUAUCCAAAUUUAGCACUGUCCGCUGGUUGUAUACGAUAGGAAUUCAGGGUAUUAUUUGGAAAUUUGAGCUGCAUCGUGGUGGCCAAAAGUUAAUUAUCCCUAUUUUGCUGACCAGACAUUUGAACCCUGUCUUUGCGAGUGGGGCACUGAUUAUUCCAGCAUCUCUCUACUUCCUUUUGAAGAAAUUUUUAAUCAAACCCUAUUACCUUAAAAGGAAUAAGCAGAAGGCUCUAGAGAAUGCAGAGAAAACUUCUUCUCAGGUUCAAGAAGGUAGGGCCGCAGCAGAGAAAGCUCAGCAAUUACAACAAACUGUUGCUAAUAGGAAAAAAAGUAAGCAAUUAGAAACAGGCGGACUAGUUAUUACCAGAGCGCUAUAUGGAAACCACGUUAUCCUGAGCAAGAUAAAUGCAUCAAGUGCAUCAAGUCGUGAAUCAGCUUCAGAAGUUAUAGAUGUUACAAUACCUCUCAAUUUCCUUGUUAGUGAUUCUGGCCAACUCAAGCUUCACGAAGGUGUAAAAAAAUCAGGCAUCAUGGGCUUUUGUGAUCCAUGCCCAGGAGAACCUAAAAAGUUGUAUGUAGAGUACUCUUACGCUGGCAACCAAUACAAGGUCCUGGUUGAUGAUUAUGAAGAGUUAUUGAUCCCCCGCGGCGCCCACAGGAUUUGAAGAUCAACAUGUGCAUUAUAACGUAAUUUGCCUCUUGCAGUUUUCAAUGGUUUACGUGCUUGAGGUUCUUCAUCUUUCUCAUACAUUUGAGUAAAAGAGGUGCCUCUUCCAUAAUUUUUUGCCAUCGGUUGUAAAAUUAACUGAAACUCAUUUGUAAUUGAUGUCUUGAUUAUGUCGUUCUUUUGUUCAAAAAUAAUAAUGGACAGAAAAGUUGGAAGAGGAAAAGGCGUAAAUAUUGAUUUGACUUCAUAACUCAGGCAAAACUGGCUUUGCAAUGCAUUGAUGAGGAUGAAGGUGAGUGGCUGGCUCUUUCCUGGUUGGUUUUCUGUGGGAAUUGAUUGGAGGUCAUGUAGAGUUGUACCAUUUUGUCAGAACAGGGGAAGUUAAAAUUAUUGUAGUUGAUGUAACCAAAAAAAGGGGGGGGUAUUGUAGUUGGGAAACAAGGCUCUUUCUUGGUUAAUUUUGGGGGUUCCGUAAUUCAAUGCUUUGCCAGAAGAUAUUAUAGUAA